AUGUCUUUGAAAUGUUUAGACUUUGAUGUCGAUCUCGAUAUAUGGAAUUAUCUGUGUCAUAAAUCAAAGCAGAGUUUGAGAAUUGGAAAUGGAAUAAAUUCACAAUUGCAUAAUCAAAUAUCAAGAACUCUCCUUAAAGAUGUAAAAACAAUCACUAGAAAUGUUACAUCACUUUUUAAUUCAGGACUUGGCAGAUUAAACCUAUACGUCAACGAACCCAUUAAUGUUGUGUCUAUAAAUUGA